CAGCUUUUGUCACGACUUAAAGGUUAUCUAAUUCCCAGGAACACACCAGAGUUCAGAUUUUUCGAUAUGGAAGGUCACAAAAAGAGUAUUCAGAGGUUCACGUUUUGAAAGCCAUUAGAAGAUAUUCUGCCAUCCUAUUGGAUUACUUUGUUUACAGCACAGAAUGUCAUUCUGCUCUGGAUUUUAUAUGGUGGUUAUGAUUUAAUUCCCACUCUGUAUAUUUCUAUGUAUUGGUGGAGCAUUGGAGCUCUUUAGGGCUGCUGUUACUGGAGUGGAAACUGAUCCAUUUUGAAUCCCUUCUCAAAAGGACUAGACAUUAUUAGCAAUGAGCUCCCAAAAUCAUCCAGAUGGACUUUCUGCCCGAGACCAGCCAGUGGAGCUGCUGAAUCCACCUAGAGUGAACCACAUGCCUAGUUCUGUUGAUGUGACUGCAACACUGCCCUUGCAAGUUGCACCAACUUCAGUUCCUAUGGACCUCCGUUUGGACCAUCAGUUUUCCAUGCCUGUGACAGAGCCAACGCUCCGUGAACAGCAGCUCCAGCAAGAGCUCCUGGCUCUCAAACAAAAACAACAAAUCCAGAGACAAAUCCUCAUUGCUGAGUUCCAGAGGCAGCAUGAACAGCUCUCUCGGCAGCAUGAGGCCCAGCUACACGAGCACAUAAAACAACAGCAGGAGAUGCUAGCAAUGAAACAUCAGCAAGAACUCUUGGAGCACCAGAGGAAGUUGGAACAACACCGACAGGAGCAGGAGCUAGAGAAGCAGCAUAGAGAACAGAAACUACAGCAGCUCAAAAAUAAAGAGAAAGGAAAAGAAAGUGCAGUGGCAAGCACAGAAGUAAAAAUGAAAUUACAAGAGUUUGUCUUGAAUAAAAAGAAGGCUUUGGCACACCGGAAUCUCAACCAUUGCAUUUCCAGUGAUCCCCGCUUCUGGAAAACACAGCAUAGUUCUCUUGACCAGAGUUCACCUCCCCAAAGUGGAGUAUCAGGUACCUAUAACCACCCUGUACUGGGGAUGUAUGAUUCCAAAGACGACUUUCCACUCAGAAAAACAGCUUCUGAACCCAAUCUGAAAUUACGAUCCAGGCUAAAGCAAAAAGUUGCUGAAAGACGGAGCAGCCCAUUGUUACGGAGAAAAGAUGGCCCAGUGGUUACUGCUCUUAAGAAGCGUCCAUUGGAUGUUACAGGUAUGUCUGACUCUGCAUGCAACAGUGCUCCCGGAUCUGGUCCCAGUUCUCCAAACAACAGCUCCAAUAACAUAAGUGCUGAGAAUGGAAUUACAGGAUCAGUCACAAGUAUUCAGGCAGAGACCAGCUUGGCUCACAGACUAGUGAAUCGCGAAGGUUCAGUAACACAGCUUCCUCUCUACACAUCUCCUUCCUUACCCAACAUAACAUUAGGACUGCCUGCAACUGGCCCUUCCAGCGGGGGAUCAGGACAGCAGGAUGCUGAGAGACUUGCUAUUCCAACCUUACAACAGAGGAUCUCUUUAUUUCCUGGCACCCACCUUACUCCCUAUUUGAGCACUACAACGUUGGAAAGGGAUGGGGGAACUGCACACAACCCUCUCCUGCAACAUAUGGUCUUACUGGAACAACCAACUGCACAAACGCCCUUAGUCACAGACUGGUAUCUUUCAGGACUGGGGGCACUGCCCCUCCAUGCAGUGGUCAGUGGAGAUCGGGUCUCCCCCUCAAUUCACAAGCUCCGGCAGCACCGCCCGCUGGGGCGCACGCAGUCUGCUCCCCUGCCCCAGAACGCCCAAGCCCUCCAGCAGUUAGUGAUCCAGCAGCAGCAUCAGCAGUUUCUGGAGAAACACAAACAGCAGUUCCAGCAACAGCAACUGCACAUUAACAAGAUGAUACCAAAACCUACCGAGCCAACUCGCCAGCAUGAAAGCCACCCUGAGGAGACGGAAGAAGAAUUACGAGAACACCAAGCACUUUUGGAGGAGCCAUACAGUGACAGAGUUUCGAGUCAAAAGGUGGUGCAAGGGUUGGCCAAUAUGGUGCAGGUGAAACAAGAACCCAUUGAGAGUGAUGAAGAGGAAACAGAGCCACAACAGGAGCUAGAGCCUGGCCAGAGGCAAGCUGAACAGGAGCUGCUGUUCCGCCAGCAAGCCCUUUUACUGGAGCAGCAACGCAUUCACCAGCUGAGAAACUACCAAGCAUCAAUGGAGGCAGCUGGCAUCCCAGUGUCUUUUGGAGGGCACCGGCCUCUGUCCCGGGCACAGUCCUCACCUGCUUCUGCCACCUUUCCCAUGUCUGUACAGGAGCCACCCACUAAGCCAAGGUUCACAACAGGCCUUGUAUAUGACACCUUGAUGCUGAAACACCAGUGUACCUGUGGAAACACAAACAGCCACCCAGAGCAUGCAGGGAGAAUCCAGAGCAUCUGGUCCCGCCUUCAGGAGACAGGCCUCCGUGGCAAAUGUGAGUGCAUUCGUGGAAGAAAAGCAACUCUAGAAGAGCUACAGACAGUUCACUCAGAGGCCCAUACACUGCUGUACGGAACAAACCCUCUGAACAGGCAGAAACUGGACAGCAAGAAACUUCUAGGUUCUCUAACAUCAAUGUUUGUCAGGCUCCCUUGUGGUGGUGUUGGAGUUGACAGUGACACAAUUUGGAAUGAGGUUCAUUCAUCUGGUGCUGCUCGCUUGGCUGUGGGCUGUGUCAUUGAACUUGUUUUUAAAGUGGCCACAGGAGAAUUAAAGAAUGGAUUUGCUGUAGUUCGACCUCCAGGUCACCAUGCAGAAGAAAGUACACCCAUGGGGUUUUGCUAUUUUAAUUCUGUGGCAAUUGCAGCCAAGCUUCUCCAACAGAGACUGAACGUUAGCAAAAUCCUUAUAGUGGACUGGGAUGUACACCAUGGAAACGGUACUCAGCAAGCUUUCUACAAUGACCCUAACGUUCUUUAUAUUUCACUACAUCGCUAUGAUGAUGGGAACUUCUUCCCAGGCAGUGGAGCUCCUGAUGAGGUCGGCACAGGACCAGGUGUUGGUUUCAAUGUUAAUAUGGCCUUUACUGGGGGCCUUGAUCCACCAAUGGGAGAUACAGAAUACUUGACUGCUUUCAGAACGGUAGUGAUGCCAAUUGCCAAUGAAUUUGCCCCAGAUGUUGUGCUGGUAUCAUCUGGUUUUGAUGCCGUGGAAGGUCAUCCUACACCUCUUGGAGGGUAUAAUCUAUCAGCAAAAUGCUUUGGGUACCUGACGAAGCAGCUGAUGGGAUUGGCCGGAGGUCGAAUUGUUCUGGCCCUUGAAGGGGGUCAUGACCUGACAGCCAUUUGUGAUGCAUCUGAAGCAUGUGUUUCUGCUUUGCUGGGAAACGAGCUUGAUCCUCUUCCAGAAAGGGUUUUCCAGCAGCGAGCAAAUGCUAAUGCCGUGCAGUCCAUGGAAAAAGUUAUUGAGAUACACAGCAAGUAUUGGCAUUCACUCCAGCGUUAUGCCUCCACGGUAGGGUACUCCUUGAUUGAGGCACAGAAGUGUGAGAAUGAAGAAGCAGAAACUGUAACAGCCAUGGCAUCCUUGUCAGUAGGUGUGAAGCCAGCUGAAAAGAGUUGUCACCUUCUGAACCCAAGUAUGAUGCACCUGAGCUCCACCAGCAAGAGACCAGAGGUUGUUCCACCACAACGCAUCACAUGGCUUCCAAGCCAGUGGGGGUGGCCCAGGAGAAUAUCAGCAGUUUUGUUUCUUUGACCUGUCUGGAAAGGAAAGGACAUCUUAGAAUGGUCUUACACAGAAGUGAGUCCCAGUUUGCAGUACAUAAUUGAUCAUUUUGUUUUUUACUUUCAAUAUGAAACAUUCCUUUUUUAUUAGUCACAGUCCUGUAUUCAUUCCAUUCUUCCUUUUGUAAACUUUUUGGGCCCACGUGUUUUAUGGGCAUUGAUAUAUAUAAAUAUAUAUAUAAAUAUAUAUGAAUAUAUUUUUUUAAGUUUCCUACACCUUGAGGUUGCAUGGUCUGUAAGGUUGGCAUGUCUUUAUAUUGUAUACAGAUUUUGCACGCCAAACUUGGCAGCUUUGAAAAAAGAAAAUAAAAUUGUUUUUUUCCCUCUCAUGGCAUUUGCAGAGACAAAAGUUGGGACAUUUUUCUGUCAAACAUGUAUACAAAAAGGAAGGAGAGUGGAAAAAAAAAUUGCGUCUUAUUGAACUUAAGAAAUUGUGCUUUUUAUUGUAAAAAAAAAAAAUGAAUAAAUAAAAAGGACUACUUAAACAUUUCUCAUUUUAAGAAAAAAAAAAGUUUAUCUAGCACUUGUGACUUACCAAUAAUAGAGUUUAUUGUAUUUAUGUGGAAACAGUGUUUUUAGGGAAACUACGCAGAACACACAAAGUAAACUGCCUGUCAUCUUUUUUUAAUUUGAUUGGGGUUUAUUUUUCUUUGCUGGGAGGGUGGGGGGAGGUUGGGUGCAACAGUUUGUCAACACAUGUAGUCAUUAAUUCUAAGAAAAUAAAUCACGAGGAAUUUAAAGAGUUAACUCUCCAGCACAGCUGUGUUAACUUUUUUUAAUUACUUUUAAAUGAUGUAUCACUAGAUUUCACUUUAAACAGUCGUGUACUGUGCAAGCACUGUGGUUUAAAACAAAACUUUACAUCAAAAGGAAAAAUGUUUCUUCAUUGUGAUGAAGUUGAGCUCGUUCUCAGCUCAGUUUCACUUUGUCUUUGAUAUUGAUGAAAAAGUAUCCUAUUGAAAGAAAAUAAAUUAACACUUUUCUGUGCUCCAUAGUGGAGGCGCUAUUUUCCAAUUUAUGAGGAUUACAAACUUAUAUAUAUAAUAUAUAUAUAAAGGGGGGGGUUGAAACAUUAUUCACCCAAGAGCUUAUUACAGAUAUGUAGUAUCAAAAAGUUGUAACUAUAUUAUAUUCUACUUUAUACCUAUACAUGCUCAGUAUGAUGUCACCAUUGGUAGCAGCUACCGGUUUACUCUGUAAUUGAGACACAAUUUCACUCUUAUUGUAUGGACCCUACUUUAAGUGAUGGUAGCAUCCUUUGUGCUAAAAUUUUCUGAUGGUCCUUUCUUUUACUUGGUGGAGUUGGAAUUUGUUUUCUCAUUCUUGUUUUUGUUCUGUUCGGGUUUUGUUUUUGUUUUUUGUUUGUUUUUGUUUUUUUUAAACUGGCCAAUGGUGUCUUUCUCUGACUGUACCGACUUCAAUUUCAACUUUAUUAGGAGUCCAGUAUUUUGUACCACAUUAUGACAACUUGUUAUUCUUGUGGUGUAAAUAAAAAGAAAAAAUUAAUUAUAGUA